AUGCUCCCCGGGGUGGUGUACGCCCUGCUGGCGGGGUUCCUGGGCGCCGUGGCCUCGUCCUCCGCCAAGCUGUCCCUGGGUGCGGAUUAUCUGAAGGGGGUGUGUGAGACGGGUCUGAGGACGUGGGGGGACCAGAGGACCAGCGCGUGCGAGUGGCUUCACAUCCCCCUGCGCCUGCUCUGCGGAGGGAUGCUCUUCACCUGCAACGCUGUGAUGUGGACGUUCCUGUCGAAGGCCCUCAGGUACUCCUCAUCCUCCGCCAGAACCACUGUGACCACCACCGCCUCCAACUUCAUCUCCUCGGCACUCCUCGGGCAGCUCAUCUUUGGGGACAGCCUGGUGGCUCUGUGGUGGGUCGGGGUCUCGCUCACAUUCUCGGGGCUCCUGGUGCUACAGCGCUCUUCCUCCACCAACACACACUCCGGGAAUAUGAAAAAGGAUGAAUGAGAUGACGUGACCUGAGGGGAGACACACUGCUGCUCAUCGUGACGCAGCUUUCGGACAUCU